UGGUUAUAUGAACGAUGAAACUUUUGUCGACACAGACACAGACACAUACACACACACAUACAUACAAAAACAAAACUGUAUCAAAUUGCUAAUUAAUUGUUAAACAUUGAUUAUUAUUAUUUUACUGAAUGCAUAAACAGUAAUGAUCAAAAGCAUCAAUGAUAAUAUAGAUUAUUAGUUAUUGAAUCUUCUAUAUAAUCCUAUAUAUGUAAUAGUGACAAAUUGAACAUGCAACGGAACAAAAUAAUAAUAAUCACUAGUGAAUUCAAUGUAAUCAUUGUAGUUCUUUUACAGUUUAUAUCAGAUGUUUCUGCUAUCAAAUGUCGCGUUUGUUUACCGUGUGAAGACAAAUACAAAAAAUUAUUCCAAAUUACAAAAGAUGAAAUUUUAGACAACUGUGGAGUUUGUAUUACAGCCUACUCAACAUUUCAAGGUUAUCAAAUGGAAGGUCGAGGUUGUUUACUGAAAUGUCCACCUAAAGAUGUUAUCAAUGAACUUACUCCAGGACUUGUUAGCAAGUAUAACUGUUGUUAUUAUGAUUUAUGUAAUAGAACCAACAAAUUAGUUGUACAGUACAAAUUAAUUAUUCUUAUUUCAUGUUUAUUCAUUUCAUUAUUUAUUGUUAUGAAUAGAUUUAGUAUUUGUUAAAUGUAAAUACAUGUCAGCAUUUCACUAAGACAUAUUCUUAUUAUAUAUUCAUGAGUGUUCUUUAAUGUGAUCACCAAAUUGUUGUGACUUUAAUCCCUGUUAAAUAUCAUGUGAUUUAUUCGCCAACCAGAGUACAACUUAUGCAAUCUUAGUACUUUGCUCAAACCAAUGACGUAUCGACCAAUGUGAGUAGUCUAGAGUCUUUAUUGGUCCUUUGCCUGC